GGAAGGUAUUUACUGUAACACUGGAAACAUUUGGAACUAAGAGACGAUUAUCUGUUUUAUAUUCAUAGUCACCGUAAUUAUCGACUACUUGGCCGCUGUGUGUGUUCACAUUGGUGCUUUGAACAGUGGGACGCACACGAACACACGGACACCUGAUGAAGGUGUGUAGGUAAUACUUCAAAGAGCCCCGUAAGACGCCAUGUCUGAAGAGGCCUUUUCAGAGAGUGACCUGGAGCCAAGCCUCAACAGCGAUGAGGAAAACGAUGAAGAGGAGGAGGACAAUAAAGACACGGAUGAGGAUGAAAACUGUGGCGAUGAUGAGGAUGAUGACCAACCCGGCAGUGCUCAGAGCUGGCAUGAAAAAGCUGAAGAAAGCCGGGACUCCACUUCAUCGACCUCUGGAGAGCCUUCCUCUGAGCCCUCGUCGGGCACCGCAUCCCAGCCGUCCUCUAGGGCUCCCUCGAGGCCGUCCUCCAGGUCGCAGCUUCCAGCCAGCCCUGGCAAAUCCAGCCAGAGCAAACCACCUUCCAGGAAGUCAAAGAAGCACAAAGUUUCCAAAUCAACCAAAUCCUCCAAGCCUCCAAAACACUCCAAACCUUCCAUGCCUGUCAACAUGAGGAAAAAUAUCAGGAAGGUGCUGAAAGAUGACCAGCUGGAGGCUGGAACCAAAGCUGCUCAACAAGAGGAGAUGGAGAGGCGCAAGCGUCUGGAGCAGCAGAGAAAAGACUUCCCGACGCCAGCGCCAACUUUACCAGAUUCCCAAUUAGUAGACCCUGCUUCCAUUUUAGAAGCGGUGUCCCAACUGGUCCCCGACCUCCUCGGCAAGGACGAUGUGAUCUGCCUGGACAGCAGCGGCGAUGAAGAUGAAAACAUGGAAUCUAAUCUACCAGAUUUAGAUGCUAUCCAAGAUGAUGUGAUUGAGCUCAGCUCUGGGGACGAGAAUGCCCUGCAGAUAAGCAGCGAGUCGGGGGAUGAGGAUGAAGGUAGCACUGGCGGCACAGAGGAGAGCAGCGGAGCACACAUCAACGAUGCUCUGAACUUGCCUGAUGCCCAGGGCCGCGUGCUAGUAAAUAUCAACCACCCUGCAGAGGAGAAGGACAUUUAUCUAGCUCCCCAGCUGGCCGGGGCCGUCAAACCUCACCAGGUUGGUGGGAUCCGGUUUCUGUACGACAACUUGAUCGAGUCCCUUGAGCGCUACAAGAGCAGCAGUGGUUUCGGUUGCAUACUCGCUCACAGCAUGGGACUCGGCAAGACGCUGCAGGUCAUUUCCUUCAUUGACAUCCUGCUGAGGAAUACUGAAGCUCACACUGUCCUAGCAAUUGUUCCUGUGAACACACUUCAGAACUGGCUGGCAGAGUUCAACUUGUGGCUCCCACCACAAGAGGCACUCUCCCCAGACACCGACCCGGCAUUGCUAACAGGACGUACAUUCAAAGUUCAGAUCCUGAACGACGAGCAUAAAACCACAAUGGCCCGGGCCAAGGUGGUGGAGGACUGGAGCCAAAAUGGAGGCGUGUUGCUGAUGGGGUAUGAGAUGUACCGCCUCCUGUCCAUGAAGAAGAGUUUUGUUGCGGGCAAGAAGAGAAAAUCAAAGAAGUCUCUGGGGCCUGUAAUCAUUGACCUGGACGAGGAAGACAGGCAGCAAGAACUGAUGAAAGGUAUCGAAAAAUCCAUUGUGCGACCUGGUCCAGACGUUGUGAUCUGUGACGAGGGUCAUCGCAUUAAGAACUAUAACGCCAGCACAUCACAGGCUCUGAAGAACAUCCGCUCUAGGCGUAGAGUGGUACUGACAGGUUACCCCUUGCAGAACAACCUCACUGAAUACUGGUGCAUGGUGGAUUUCGUCAGGCCAGACUUUUUAGGCACGCGCCAGGAGUUCAGCAACAUGUUUGAGCGGCCCAUUCUGAACGGGCAGUGUAUGGACAGCACACCCCUAGAUGUCCGCCUGAUGCGUUACCGUAGCCAUGUGCUGCACAGUCUGCUGGAAGGCUUUGUCCAGAGACGUGGCCAUGAUGUUCUGCAAGAUCAGCUUCCUGCCAAGACAGAGCGUGUGAUAAUGGUGCGGCUUUCCCCAACACAGAAAGCGCUUUACACCGAGUUUAUGAAUCGCUUCAGAGAGGCAGGAAACAAUGGUUGGCUUGGGCUCAACCCUCUGAAGGCCUUCUGCGUAUGUUGCAAGAUCUGGAAUCACCCAGAUGUACUUUACGAGGCUUUACAGAAAGAGAACCAGGCCAAUGAGCAGGACCUGGACCUGGACGACAUCACCUCGGCGAGUAACACUCGCUGCCUUAAAGGCAAAGGGUCAGACUCUGGCAACAGCAAAACUAAUAACAUUCCGCCCCUGCUCAACCCUUCCCAAGAUCGAAGCAAUCAAGUCGUCACGUAUGAAUGGGCAAAGGAAAUCAUGUCAAACUACCGGGUAGGAGUUCUUGAGAACUCUGCCAAAAUGGUGCUGCUCUUUCAUUUGAUAGACGAGAGCGUCAGAAGAGGAGACAAAAUGUUGGUCUUCAGUCAAAGCUUGUCCACACUGACAGUUAUUGAGGACUUCUUAUCAAAGAGACCCAUUCCAUCAGACGUCGCCGCCGCUGACUCUCAGAACCCCAGCUGGGUUCGCAACCUCAAUUACUAUCGACUGGAUGGGAGUACAUCUGCGUCAGAAAGAGAGCGGCUAAUCAAUCAGUUCAAUGACCGAGAGAACAGCAAAGCAUUGCUCUUCCUGCUUUCUACCAGAGCGGGCUGCUUGGGAGUGAAUCUCAUAGGGGCCAAUCGCGUUGUUGUGUUUGAUGCCUCCUGGAACCCGUGUCACGACGCCCAGGCGGUGUGCAGGGUGUACCGCUAUGGUCAGAAAAAACCUUGCUACAUUUACCGCCUGGUUUGUGACUUCACCCUAGAGAAGAAGAUCUAUGAUCGACAGGUCUCCAAACAGAGCAUGUCUGACCGCGUGGUGGAUGACCUCAACCCGGCACUGAACUUCACUCGUAAGGAAGUGGAGUCACUGUUGCACUUCGUGGAGGAAGAACCUCAGUCAAACAAGAUUGACCUAAGGGCUUUGGCGGACUUUGAGGGAGCCAUAUAUGGAGUGUGUCAGCUUUAUCCACACCUCAUCACCAAGCACCCGUUUCACCACGAGUCCCUUUUAGCGGACCGGAAGGAGACCAAACUGACCAAAGCGGAGAAGAGAGCAGCCAAAAAGAGCUACGAAGACGAGAAACGAGCCUCCGUGCCGUACUCGCGUCCCUCGUAUGCCACUUAUUAUCCAACCAGCAACCACACGCUUGCUAACAUAGCGGCAUUCAACCAACGUGGCUGGCGGCCUAUGAUUCGGCCCGACGAAAAGCCAGUAGCGAGUGUCAGGCCCAUCCAGUCGACGCCGAUCCCAAUGAUGCCUCGCCAGGUGGUCAUGGGCGUGGCCGGAUCCAGCUCUCCCGGCAGCUUACCUGUCAAUUUUUUGCAGAAGGCCGGAGUGCACGUCCAGAGGAUUGUCACCUCUACUGACAUCGUCAUCCCAGGAGCUAACAGCACAACAGACGUACAAGCUCGAAUCAGCGCUGGUGAGAGCAUCCACGUAAUAAGAGGUUCUAAAGGUACCUACAUAAGGACCAACGACGGCAGGAUUUUUGCUAUUAGAUCGGGAAAAAUCAGUAGACCGACAAUCAGGAGCGCUGCUGUUUCAAGAGACCUCCAGCAUCCGCUCAGUAAUGGCUGUGCGUCGCCUGUGGAGCAGCAGCAGCAUUCGCCCGAUGUGGAUCCGCAGUCGUCCUCUCCGUUAAGCUCUGAGAUUCUCCGCGAGUUCAGCCGCUACACCGCUUCGGCAAGUGAUGACACCAUCGCGGGGAACAGCAUAUUGUCCCAAUCGGCGGUGUCCGCCGCGCGGGCGAGGGAUGGAGGCAGUCGGAUUCCACUCGACAUUGACAUCUUCAGCUCCGCUUUGGAGACGCAAGGCGUGAAACGCAAGCACGCCGACAGUCAAGGCGACGCGCAAGCGGGCAGCAAGCGGACUUCGGCCGCGUCGCAUUACCCAGGACUCCCACGGAGCUCCAGCGGGCUGGGUUACCCGCCAGUGGGUCUCAACUCCUCCUCGCUGUUGGGCCACAUGACUCACCCUCUUCUGAUGGGCGGGAGCAGCGGAUCCUCGUUCCUUCAAACACCGCUGUCCGACCUACAGACCAUGUUCCCUUCUGAACCCGGGAACGGACAACUUCCUCCUCCCUCCUCGUCGGCGCUGUCCACCAUCCUCUCCUCCUCUGCAUCCUCCGCCCCCAUGUCGCCGUCAGCAUCAUCCGCCACCACUUCCUCCUCCCUGCCGUCCGGCUCCAUGCCGUCAUACCUGAUGAACCCCAACGUGGCAGGUCUUCUGUCCUCGGGCUUCCCUCUCAACUACAGCCAGUCCUUGCUACCCGAGCCCAGGAUGUUCCCGGCGCCGCUUCUCUCCAGCUCAGCGGGGUUCUCUGCGCCAAAUCCGUCUUCCGACCCGUCCAGCUACUUGUCCCAUUUUAACAACCCCACUUCCAGCCUGUUGGGGGCGGCGCUGACCCAAGCCGACAGACGUGAAGGCACGGGCAACGGCGGCGAGAGUUCUGAUGAUGAUGAUGUCAUCGAGGUAACCGGACACUAAAGGCUCACGUAGGCACCGCCACUCACACACAUUCAUCAAUUCUUGUUAGAAAUGGGACAUGAUUCGAUGAAUAUUCAUAGGGUGUACCCCGCCUUCCGCCCGAAUGCAGCUGAGAUAGGCUCCAGCGACCCCCCGUGACCCCGAAAGGGACAAGCGGUAGAAAAUGGAUGGAUGGAUAAUGGUAAAAUGACCCUAACAUGCUCAUUAGGUUCAUCUUUGUCUUGUUAUUGUGCAACCAUGUUGCUUUUUUUUAUACACCAGCUAGCCUCACAUUGCAACAUUUUAUUAUACAUUCUCAAGAAAAGAAAGUUGGGUAUUCUUUAGAGUAGUCCAUGUACAGCAUGUGAGUACAUGUCAGGUGUGUUUGGACUAACUGCCAUCUGCUUCACAAGGUACAUGUUGGAAUGUUUCACUCUGUGAACCGCAACUCAGCAGCACUCAUGCACCACCGUUUUUGACUGUAUCUAAAAACACAGAUUUUUCUGUACAUGCGUUGCCAGAGGUUGUUCUGUUUUUUUCGCCUGCUUUUCAAGCUGUACAUUGACUACUCUAAAGUAUGUUUCUGUAGAAUUGUCCUUUGGGAAGAUAUGCUGUAAUAAAGCCGGUUGCUGAAAUGUGAGGUGUCUGAGCUACAGUAAAUACCUCCUUUUUUUCUUAUAAAUACACAAUUUACAUUGAGCGUUGUCUUUUUUAUAUUAUGAAUAUUUGUAACAACUGCUCCUGUCUCACAUCAUUCCAGCAACUUGUAAUUAGAGUUGACUUGAAAACAUGUUCAUUGUUUUAUAACGAGAAUUACUUACAAAUAUUAAAAUGACACUGUUGUUUGUUUGUGUCGUAAAAAAAAAAGUUUUUAAGUCAUUCUAAAGUACGGUACAUAGUAUUUUAUCAGCCACCAGCACAAACACACGCCUUGUCUAAAUGUCUUUAAAUGUUAGUGCUGUCCAAAAACAACCUGACAUUUGUGCAAUUAUAAUACAAAGAGGUUCAUUAGGUCUUCAAAAAUGGUCAACCUCUGAGGAAGGCAACAGUUGUAGCUGAAACCGUCAGGUACGGAAAUAAACGCACAGGUCUGGCCAUAACAAAUUGCUUGUGCAAUUAUAUAUUUUUUUUACUAUUCACACCUUUAUUUAUACUGAAAUAUAUAUCAAAUGUUUUUGUAACAUCACAGGUCAGCCUUAAAACAGCACAAAUUGUUAUGGCACAAAUGAACAACAGUUGUAUUUUAAUAUUUUGCCAUUUUCACACAUUACCUGGCAGACAAGAUACUCAUAUUGUACUUUCAAGCCAGAAUUAAAAAAAAAAACAUUUAAGUAAAUAUUCUGAGGCCGUCCCUGCUUUUCCAUUUCACUUCUGUAUGGCGACUAAAUAAAACCCUCACGUUGGAUUUGCUGUGAGAAACCUUGGAAAAAAACUAAGGAGUAUUUCUGUGUGUAGCAUCCCACACUGCAAGGCUGUGAUUCACCGUGUAAAUAUUGCAGUGUGUAGAGAGAUGUUUCAUUACAGCAUUUAUGGAGAUAAAUGUUGCUUUUUUGUGGGUUGGGGUACUUUACAUGUAUUUUUUUGUAUAAUUUCUUAAAGCUGCAAUGAAUGUAAUAUGCGUUCUGUCAUAUUUAGCCUUAAACUACACGAUGAGGUCUUGUUUUUUUUAAACUAAUGGACACAUUUCACAUCAAAGCUGACUUUUCCAUCACAACACUCCAGCAGGAACUGCAGGCCAGGGGGCGCUGUGGCCUUAGCUCACCAGUGUGGUCCUAUGUCCUGUCAGUGUGUGUGUUAGAUACAGGGAUGUGUUCGUAGACUUUAGACAAAAAAAAACACAAAACAGGAUGGCCUGAGUUAAUAUCUUUGUAGUUUUUGUACAGGCUGACUCAACACUUUUGUUUUGGAAUCUUGGAGUUGAAUUGCCACUUGGAUAUCAUACUACUUUAUAAAUACAGUUCAUCCUUGUCCAGGAAGUUCAUUUUUAUGCAGUGUGUAUUUUUUUUUUCUGUAUUAUGUAUAAUUUUUAUGAUAUCGAUGGUAGUUUCCUUCAUUUUAGCGUCUGAAAUGUAUUUAUUUAUGCAUUUUUAUUGUGUUAUUUUAUGUUCUCCAGUAUUAAUAAUGUUUGGACAUCCCACCUAAAUACAAGCGGAAUAUGACUGUGUUGUCAAUGUUAUUUUCAAAAUAAAACACCUCUUCUA